AUGAAUCUCAGAGCGCCAAUUCAAUACUCUUGCAACCCUAACCACCACCCACGAAGCAGAAAAUUCGUUCGAAAAUACAUCGUACCUGAACCCACUGUACGAUUACUGAAGCUGAAAAUCAAUCGGGGUUUUAUCUCCAAUUGCGCCUCUCCUAGCCAUGGAGUUACAGGCAAUUCUGAUCGAGUUUUAUCGGUUGAAGAAGGUAAAGAAGAAACCAUAGCCGUGGUAGAAAAGGCGCCAUCGGCAGAGGACGAUUCUGAGAAUAAAAAGGAAGAAUUAUCGGAAAAAGAGGGUUUAUGGGGUCAGAUGGUUGAAAUUGCCAAGUUUUCCGGGCCGGCCGUCGGGCUCUGGGUUUGCGGCCCGUUGAUGAGUUUGAUCGACACUGCUGUUAUUGGUCAAGGCAGCUCCAUUGAGCUUGCUGCUUUAGGUCCCGGGACGGUGUUCUGUGAUAAUACAAGCUAUGUGUUCAUGUUUCUUUCAAUUGCUACUUCAAAUUUGGUUGCAACGUCUCUCGCUAGACAGGAUAAAGAUGAGGUGCAGCAUCAAAUAUCUGUCUUGCUGUUUAUUGGGUUGGUCAGUGGUUUUCUAAUGCUGUUCUUUACGAGGUGCUAUGGUACUUGGGCAUUGACUGCUUUUACGGGAGCAAGUAAUGUGGAAAUCAUAACUGCAGCAAACACAUAUGUCCAGAUUCGAGGCUUGGCAUGGCCAGCAGUUCUGAUUGGUUGGGUUGCUCAAAGUGCAAGCUUGGGAAUGAAAGAUUCAUGGGGACCUUUAAAUGCUCUGGCAGUUGAGGCUGAACGAGCUUACCAUCAGCAUGUCCUUCAAAUACUAGAUCAGCUUGAAGGCGAGAUGAUUUCCGAGCGCCAACGAAUUGAAGCAGCUCCUGCUCCUGCUCCAAGCGUGAGCGUGGAUACUAUGCCUGCUCCACCUCCACCAUCAUAUGAAGAACUAAAUGGUGUGUCUACUUCACCAAUGCAAAACGGGUUGACUGAUAGUAUGGGCUACUUCCUUGGGGAGGUUUUGUACACAUAUCAAGCUGAAUCUGAUGUCGAGCUUAAUUUAUCAGUUGGUGACUAUGUGGUCGUUCGGAAGGUUUCAAACAAUGGGUGGGCUGAAGGCGAGUGCAAAGGGAAAGCUGGUUGGUUUCCAUUUGGAUAUAUAGAGAGGCGCGACCGUGUUCUUGCAAGCAAGGUAGCUGCUGAAGUUUUUUGA